CUCCUCUGGAGGUUGAGCUCACGCUUGAGUUUCAUCAACUGAGCAGCCCGUAAAAAAAAAAAAAAAAAAAUCGAUAAAAGCCUCGCUGGAUGCAGCGUGGCUUCCUCGCCUGAGGAAGGAUGACCUCCAAAGCGGUUUACACGCGUCGAGAUCUGCUGCUGAAAAAGCGAGAUGACUUCGAAGACAUCCUGGAGGAACGCCGGAACUCCAGCGACCUCCGCUACGCCGUCAAGUGCUACACGCCCGUCCUCUACAAAGGCUUGACGCCGUGCACGCCGGACGUGCUCAAGAGCGCCGUGCUGGACGCGGAUCCCGUCCGCUACGUCGUCUGUCAGGUGGCGCUGGAGAGCGGCAAAGCGGCAGACGACGUCCAAGCGGAGGCGUCGGCCAUCUUGGACGAGAUGGCACACCGCCUGCAGCUCGGCACGGUUCGCUUCUUCGCCUUCGCCCUCAGCAAGGUGUUCAAGGCCUUGUUCCGGAGUGUCUGCGUGAAUGAAGAAGGCAUCCAGAGACUCCAGCAGGUCAUCCAGGAGCACCCGGUGGUUCUCCUCCCGAGUCACCGCAGCUACAUGGACUUCCUGCUCAUGUCCUACAUCCUGUACACGUACGACCUCGCCCUGCCCGUCAUCGCUGCCGGCAUGGACUUCAUGGGGAUGAAGUUUGUGGGCGAAAUGUUGCGAAUGUCGGGCGCGUUCUUCAUCCGACGCUCCUUCGGCGGCGACAAACUGUACUGGGCCGUCUUCUCAGAGUACGUCAAGACCAUCGUCAAGAAUGGGUACGCACCCGUCGAGUUUUUUCUCGAGGGCACGCGAAGUCGAACGGCAAAAUCUUUGACGCCAAAGUUGGGUCUGUUGAACAUCGUGAUGGAGCCGUUCCUCAAGGGCGAGGUCUUCGACGUGUGCUUGGUGCCGGUCAGCAUCAGCUACGAGAGGAUCCUGGAGGAGGCGCUCUACGCUCGGGAGCUCCUCGGAGUGCCCAAACCCAAAGAGUCCACGUCGGGUCUCUUUAAGGCUCGGAAGAUCCUGCGCGAGGACUACGGCAGCAUCCACGUUUACUUUGGUCAGCCCGUGUCGGUCAGGAGUUUAGCGCACGGCCACGUGGACCGCUGCCAAUUUAACCUGACGCCCAGGCACAUCCCGGCGAGGCCCACCGAGGAGAUGGUGCGCUUCGUGAACGGCGCCGCCUACAGGCUGGUGAGGGCGCAGGAGGAGAACUCGGUGCUGAAGCCGUGGGUCCUGCUGGCGACUCUGCUGCUGCAGAAGCAGGACGCGGCGGCGGCGGCGACGGCGCUGGACGAGCUGACUGAACGGGCCGUGUGGCUGCGCGACCUCUCCCGGCAGUGCGGCGCCUUCCUCCACUGGCCCGACCACCGGCGUCCGUCGGAGGUGGUGUCCUCCAGCCUCGCCCUGCACGGAGGCCUGGUGAGGGUGUCCGAGGGCAGCGUCCACCUGGGACAAGGGCCAGAAGAUGGGACGGGCUCUCCGGAGGAGCAGCUCCUGAAGCGGGCGGUGCUGGUGCUCUCUUGCGCCUCCUACAGGAACCAGGCGUUGCACGUCUUCCUGCGGCCGGCGCUGCUCGCCUCGGCCGUCCGCGUCGCCUCGGCCGGGCGGAAGCAGGAAGUCUUCCAGCGCUUCAGCUUCCUGAGGGACGUCUUCUCCAACGAGUUCAUCCUGGCCCCCGGGGCCGCCGUGCAGGAUUUCGAGGAGGCCUGUUACCUGCUGGAGAGGACGGGGGCGCUGCAGGUCGCCCAGCACGAGUUGGCGGCCACGGAGCGGGGGCAGAGGACCCUGGACUUCCUGACGGGCCUUCUGGAGCCCUUCGUCCAAGGCUACCGGGUGGUUUGUCGUUUCCUUACCGACGAGGCCGCCGAGAGGCUGACGCAAAAGUCGUUCGUCCCCGCCGUCCGCCAGUUUACCAUCAAGCAUUUGCUGGCAGGUGAGUUUGCCCGUCGCUCCUUCAAAAUCCGGCGUACAGACGGCGACGUUGCGUUGACGUGUUGCGGCGCAGGGAGGCCGCGCCACUUGGAGAUUCUGUCGUCGGACCUGCACAAGAACGCCCUGGCUGCGCUGCUCCGGCUCGGCGCCGUGCGGAGAACGCAAAAGGACGGCCUGAGCGUCAACAAAGUGAUGCUCAACUCUCUGGAAGACACUUUGGGAGGAGGGACGCUCCCGACUCGACUUGCCCCGGCUCGCCUCUAAAUCUGCCAACUGCUGUGAAGAAAAAUUCUUUGCAUCUUCGCCAAAGGACGUUUUGGACCUUUUGGGGUUUUUUUUUUUUUUCUCAUUUGGAGGAGUC